GUGAGAGGACUGAAGACUGCAGAGCUACAAUCGGGUAAACUUAUAUAAAUCUUUACUUCAUGAGAGGACACAUCAUGUCUUUGGAUAGAAGCAGCUGCGUGUUUGAUACUCGAUCCUGUUCAAAAACUCGACGGGCACAGAGAUGGAGACUCGGCUUCCACCUCAUGAGGGAGACGAGCUCUCGGUGGUCGACAUGCACACGGGCGGAGAGCCUCUGCGGGUCAUCCUCAGUGGCUACCCGGAGGUCAAAGGUGACAGCGUGCUUUCCAAGCGCCGUUACGUCCGGGAACAUCUGGACCACCUCAGGAGGGCGCUCAUGUACGAGCCGCGGGGACACUAUGACAUGUACGGGGCCCUGAUCGUGGACAGCGAGUUGCCUGAGGCCGAUCUGGGGGUGCUGUUCAUGCACAACGAAGGCUACAGCACCAUGUGUGGACACGCCGUCAUCGCACUGGGACGCUUCGCCGUCGACUACAAGCUGGUGAAAGAACCAAAGUCGCCGGAGACCCAGGUGAACAUACACUGCCCCUGCGGUCUGGUGAAGGCGUUUGUCGAGUACUCUGGCGGUAAAACAGGAGGAGUGAGGUUUCUCAGUGUGCCAGCGUUUGCGUUUGCCACAGAUGUGAUGGUGACAGUGGAAGGUUUUGGCGACGUGACGGUCGACAUCAGCUACGGAGGAGCCUUCUACGCCUUUGUAGACGCCCAGAGGUUCGGCCUCGACGUGACCAAGUCCAGGACUCGGGAUCUGGUGGACGUAGCCACAGCGGUGACGAAUGCUGUCAAAUCUCAGGUGAAGUUGCACCAUCCAACCAGUGAUGAUCUGGCCUUCCUCUACGGCACCAUCCUCACCGAUGGCAACGACAAUUAUUCCACAGAUCCCACCGCCAACGUCUGUGUGUUCGCAGAGGCUCAGGUCGACCGAAGCCCGACUGGUUCUGGAGUUACAGCUCGAGUGGCUCUUCAGUAUCACAAAGGUCUCAUCCAGCUGAACCAGACCAGGACGUUUCAGAGUGGAGCCACCGGAUCGCUGUUCACAGGGAAAGCUGUCGAGGAGACCAAGUGUGGCGACUUCAAGGCUGUGGUGGUGGAAGUCGCUGGCAGAGCUUUUUAUACCGGAGUCUCUCGCUUCGUGCAGGAGGCGGACGACAACCUGACACACGGUUUCCUGCUGAAGUGAGCCUCAAUUACAGGUUUUCGCUCUGCAUAAAUAUCUCUGAGCUCGCCAAGAACAGUGUUUGAUACGUAAUAACUGUGUUACAGAGAAAGCAGAGAAGAUGUCUGUCGGUUUUCUUUGUAAGAGCUGAUUAUAGCCUGAUUUAGAGACACCAUUCACUCUAUUACAAGACACUGUACCAUCAACAUGAUUUGAAGCUGUUAUUUUAAGUUAAAAACGUGCUUUAACAAAUAGCUGAGUUUCAUCAUAACCCUAACCCUAAAUCAUUACCCAUUCAUGUGGACUAACCUUGGUUAAACUAAUUACCUUGUCCUCAAAUAACACAUUUGCAUAGUUAAUCACAAAGUAAAACACAUAGAAAAACAUAUUAUUGCACAGAAAAUGUGGGUACUUCAAGGCAAAGACAAAUCUAGACUGUUUUUGCAUUGAGACGUUUAACUUCAAAUAUGUAAUGAUGAAAGGUUGAGCUAUUAAACCUGUGAAAAAAAAAAGAUUGUCUUUGCUCAUUCAGGUUUUGAUUUCAUGUUUCUAAUGUAAGUUUAAAUCUGUUUUGCCAACAUGAGAAUUGUCUUGCGUGUGAAUAUUUGCUGAUUACAAUGUGAGAAUUUC